AGCGAGCAGUUGACCUAAUAAUGGACUUGGAAAACAUUAAAUUUGAAAUUCGGGAAGGAAGCCGUAAUGGCUCACAAAAAAAUAAAAUAUUGAAGCUCGGUGAUAUAGCAUACGUCUGUCGCGUGGAAGGCUGCUAAGCCAGACUAUAUUUAAGUUCAGAUAAAACACGUGCUUUUUCGAAUGUUAAUAAUAUGGUGCAUAAUCAUCCGUCCCAAUGUUGCGAAAUAGCAAAACUCGGUGCGGUGUCAGAAAUUAAACAAAAAUGCCAAGACAAUACAAAUUUGGACAUAAAACAAGUUUUUAAUGAUGUUCUUGCUGAAAAAACCGAAGGUGAUGAGGAAAUUGAGGUCAACUUCGAUACUGUCAAACGAACUCUACAAAGAAUAAGGCAGCCAUUCUUGCCAAAGUCUCCAACAACCCCAGAGAGCGUUCGUUUAAUGUUUGAAGAUGAAAACGUCAUGAACCUAUUUGGUAUGACCAAAGGAAAUUCUCCAAAAUGUUUUUUCAAAAAAGUACACGUAUCAAGCUCAUUUGGGUACUGUAUUUUUUCUUCGGACAAGAUAAUUGGUUUAAUUGAAAAUAAUAUUGAAGAGCAAAAUCGUAAUUACCUCAUUGAUGCCACUUUUAAAGUAUGUCCUUUUGGAGAUUUUAAGCAACUUUUAAUAAUUUACAUUAAACAUAUUCAGAAGAUAACGCCGUUUAUAUUCGUAUUGAUGACGUAUAUUGAUUUCAACAUUUGUUGCUUAAAAGGUGCAUCUUUUAUUUCGGACUACGAAAAAGCAAUGCGUAACGCCCUAAAAAAAUUGCAUCCUUCAAUGAAUUUCUUUGCUUGUUGGUUCCAUUUUACACAAGCAUGCAAAAAAAAUGCAAAAAAGACGCCCGGAUUUGAAAAAAUGGUAAAUUGCAAUAAACAUGCAUAUGUACUCUUUCUCAAGUUUUUGUAUUUACCGCUUCUACCAGCUACAAAAAUAGUCGAAGCAUUUAAUAUGUUGAAAUGCCAAGCAAAAUCUUUAGAAAAUAAGAUGUUUUCUCCAUUUUUAACAUAUUUUGAAAAGCAGUGGCUUAAAAAGGAAGGACCCGAGAACAUAUCGGUUUUUAAGCGUUCAACUCGAACCACCGGGUCUGUUGAAGCGUAUAAUUUGAAUUUAGGCAAUAAGAUUCGAGCAAAAGGGCAUUUUUUCAAAUUUGUACAAUGUUUAAUUGAUGCAGAAUUUGAGAAAAGCCGGGAAUUCGCCCUCCUGUUCCAAAACGCCAGUGUUGGAAAUCAACCAAUAACGAAACAGUUACGUAAUCGUUCUCAAAAAAUCAUGGACGCAAUGGAGUUGUUUGAUAUUGGAGAAAUAUAUAUUCAGGGAUUUUUAACUCGCACGGUUUCGCUAAACGAUCCUCUUGAGAAGAAGGAUAUCUUUAACAGUGUGGAUGACAUGGAAACUAAUUCGUCUGAGCUUAAUUCUUCAACAUCAUCUAUUUCCUCAGACGGUUCCAAUUUAAGUCAGUUGUCGGAUACUGCUAUUGUCCAAAUGAACCCAUGUAAUGUGUGCCUAUUGAAUCCUAAAUCUGUUUUGUUGCGACCAUGUAAUCAUGUUAAUGUCUGCGGCAUAUGUUGGGAUAAAAUUGUCGAAAAUAAUUCCUUGAAAGAUAGUGACAUUGACGAUGAUGAAAGUGGAAAUUUAAAACCGAAAUGUCCCAGCUGUAAUCAGCCUGUUGAUGAGGCAAUUCGAAAUGUUUUUAUUUACAAUUAAAUAAGAAGUCUUAAACA